GGGUUCCCUCCGAGUGCCACCCGCGGAAGGCGGAGGGCUAGGCAGAUGGAAGAGGACCAGGCCAGUCGGCGGGGACCGGAGGAGGAGGGAUCGGAGAGAUGGGAGGAGGCAGCCGGGGAGGACCAACUGUCUUGGGUGUGGGCCAACCGGGUGGAAGGGGACCAGCAAGACCUGUUGAAGCGGCUGAACGGCCAGGAAAGCCGGGAGGUGGCGGGGCCCGUGGGGGUCCCGGAGGCGGCGGGCCCUGAGGAGGCGGAGGAGCCGAGGCCGACAGGCUCGGGCGGCGGGAGCAGAGAGGGGCAGGCGGGCUGGGAGCCAGCCGAGCCGAGGGGCGGGGAGAGGGCGGCCCCUGAGGGAGAGAGGGGCGGAGAGGGGCGGGGAGAGAGGGACGCAGUGGAAGCGGAGGGGCAGUCCGGCCAGGCCGAGAGUAUCAGCGAGCCAAGGGAGGAGUUGCGGAGGGAGGGCGUCCUGGAGCCCGGGAAGGUCCGGGAAAGGUACUGGGAGGGCACCCAGGAGUCCCACCGGGAGAGUGAGGUGAAGCGCCCGGCCAAGGGCGAGAAGCAGGUCAAGAGUAAGUGCCAGCUGGAGGAGAAGCCCAACUGGCUGAAGCACCCGAGGCUGGUGGACACCGAGAAGAACGAGGGCCUCAGAGUGAAGGCGGACGAAAACUUGACCAACUGGGUGUCUGGGCAGCAAAGCCGGCGGCCCACGAUUCGGUUCAGCGUCUACCACAGACCUCACCUCCAGUCGCAGUGGCCCAUCUGCCACCCCUCGGUCAGUGCCAUUAACGAGCUGGCGAAGAUGGGCGACCCAGACGUCCUGGAAAUGGUGCAGGAGGAAGAGAGAAUAUCCAAUCUAGACGCAGAAUAUGUUUUCGGAAUGAAUGAGCAGUCCCUGAGCAGCAGAGAGACCAGCUUUCUCAUCAGUGAAGAACCAGUGUUUAAAAAAGACGAACAAAGCAAAGAUUCUAUCUUCUUCCGAGAUGGGGUUCGGCAAAUUGACUUUGUGCUCUCGUAUGUUGAUGACAUAAAGAAAGAAGCAGAAUUAAAGGCGGAAAGGAGAAAAGAAUUUGAACAAAAUCUCAGAAAAACAGGUCUUGAGUUGGAAGUUGAAGACAAAAGGAACUCUGAAGACGGAAGGACUUAUUUUGUCAAGAUCCACGCCCCUUGGGAGGUACUAGUUACUUACGCUGAAGUGUUGGGGAUCAAAAUGCCUAUUAAGGAGAGUGAUAUUCCUCCAGCCGAGAAUAUCCCCUUUAGUUAUAUGCUCGGGCCUCUGAAGCUUCCAAAGAACGUGAGGCACCCUCGUCCUGAAUAUUUCACUGCCCAAUUCACCAGACAUCGGCAGGAACUCUUCCUCAUUGAAGACGAAUCAAGCUUCUUUCCAUCCUCAUCAAGAAACAGAAUUGUUUAUUAUAUUCUUUCACGGUGUCCUUUUGGCAUAGAAGAUGGGAAGAAAAAGUUUGGGAUUGAAAGACUGCUAACUUCUAAUACUUACUCAUCCGCCUAUCCACUCCAUGAUGGUCAAUAUUGGAAGCCUUCAGAACCUCCCAAUCCUGUCAAUGAGAGGUACAUACUUUGCCAGAAUUGGGCUCGGUUUUCCUAUUUCUACAAGGAGCAGCCUUUAGAUUUGGUUAGACCGUUUCAUUGGCUAAGCAAGAAGACUGCCGCUGCAGGUUCCUGCCUUGAGCCCCAACAAUACACGGGUCAAUAUUGGAAGCCUUCAGAACCUCCCAAUCCUGUCAAUGAGAGGUACAUACUUUGCCAGAAUUGGGCUCGGUUUUCCUAUUUCUACAAGGAGCAGCCUUUAGAUUUGGUUAGACCGUUUCAUUGGCUAAGCAAGAAGACUGCCGCUGCAGGUUCCUGCCUUGAGCCCCAACAAUACACGGUACGUACAGGAUGUCGGACGACUCGUGUUGUGAUUUCAGUAAAGGAACAAUCAGAUGAGACCCUGGUUGCUACACACCUCGUGUUUCACUCGGUGAUUUACGCGGUCACGUUGUUUUUGGAGUUUUGGAAACAACGACAGGCCAGAAUGGAGUAUGAGUGGGACCUGGUGGACUUUGAAGAGGAGCAGCAGCAGCUUCAGCUGAGACCGGAAUUUGAAGCGAUGUGUAAACACAGGAAGAUGAAUGCAGUGACUAAGGAGAUGGAACCUUACAUGCCUCUGUGGAAUCGUCUUCCAUGGUACUUUUUAUCGGGAGCUACGGUGACGUUAUGGAUGGCCCUUGUCAUUGCGUGUAUGGUAGCUGUGAUUGUGUACCGCCUGUCAGUGUUUGCUACAUUCGCUAGCUUUAUGGAAAGUGAAGCAUCCUUAAAGCACGUCAAAAGUUUCCUCACUCCCCAGAUAACCACGUCACUCACCGGAUCCUGCUUGAACUUUAUUGUCAUCCUGAUCUUGAAUUUCUUUUAUGAAAAGAUAUCUGCGUGGAUUACAAAAAUGGAAAUUCCUCGAACUUACCAGGAAUAUGAGAGCAGUCUUACCUUGAAAAUGUUCCUGUUUCAGUUUGUGAAUUUUUACUCGUCCUGCUUCUACGUAGCUUUCUUUAAAGGGAAGUUUGUGGGCUAUCCUGGAAAAUACACAUAUUUGUUUAAUGUGUGGAGAAGUGAAGAGUGUGAUCCUGGAGGCUGUUUAAUAGAAUUGACAACCCAGUUGACCAUCAUAAUGACUGGAAAACAGAUCUUCGGAAAUGUCAAAGAAGCCAUUUAUCCUAUGGUUCUAAAUUGGUGGAGACGUCGAAAAGCUCGGACCAACUCUGAGAAGUUAUACAGUCGAUGGGAGCAGGAUCAUGACCUUGAAACUUUUGGAUCUCUGGGGCUCUUCUAUGAGUACUUAGAAACGGUUAUCCAGUUUGGAUUUGUUACAUUAUUUGUAGCCUCUUUUCCUUUGGCUCCUCUUCUUGCUCUCUUGAAUAACAUUAUAGAGAUCCGAGUGGAUGCCUGGAAACUUACAACUCAGUACAGGAGACCCGUAGCUGCUAAAGCUCACAGCAUAGGUGUUUGGCAAGACAUUCUUUAUGGGAUGGCUGUCCUUUCUGUUGCAACUAAUGCUUUUAUUGUUGCAUUUACAUCGGACAUCAUUCCCCGUUUAGUGUACUACUAUGCCUACUCAACAGAUGCCACUGAGCCCAUGAAAGGAUAUGUCAACGACAGCCUGUCAACAUUCCUCAUAGCUGAUUUUCCAAACCACACUGCACCUUCGGAAAAACGAGACUUCGUCACUUGCAGGUACAGAGAUUACAGAUAUCCUCCUGAUCAUGAUCAGAAAUAUUUUCAUAAUAUGCAGUACUGGCACGUCCUCGCUGCCAAGAUGACCUUCAUCAUCGUUAUGGAGCAUGUUGUGUUCUUGGUUAAAUUUUUGUUGGCCUGGAUGAUCCCUGAUGUUCCAAAAGAUGUUCUGGACAGAAUCAAGCGAGAAAAGUUAAUGACUAUCAAGAUUCUCCAUGACUUUGAGCUUAACAAAUUAAAAGAGAACUUGAGAAUUAAUUCUAGUGAACUUGCCAAACAAGUCUUGAUUCAGGAAAACAAAGCACAACUGGCUAAAUCAACAGUCUAAUCAACAUAAUGAGCAAGAAACUGGUUGCCUGUCUGGCUUCACAAUUUUCCUUGGGUUUUGGGCUAGACGCCAGAAGGCAUGUGUCAAUUUCACGCCACCUCCUCUUCCUUCUUUUUUAAUUCAAAGUUUUUGUACACUUCUACAGAGGUCACCUUUGUGAAGUUGGAAGAAUACCACUUGUCUGCUUCAUUGGCUCUGCUCUCCCCAGAUAUUAUUUUCUGAAGUUCUAGAAAUGAUUGUUAAAAGUGCAUGUUGAAUCAGAAUAUUGGAAAAUCAUGGAAUGUUGCAGUUUAGAAUUAAACACUGGACUUGGGCUGUCCCAUCACGUUCCAGUGCAUCUGCACAUUUUCAUGGUCUUCUAUUGGGUUGUUUGAUAACUCCUCCCAUCAAGAAAAAUGUUGGGAUAAAAAGAAGGGAAGUGAAGAGGCCUCCUGAGCCAUGUAUAGCCUGCCAUCGCAGAGUAUGUGAAUGAAAAACCCAAAUCAGAUGACUUAAGAAAACUCACAUAUUAAAAAUGUUGGGUAAAUAUCAUGGCAGGGGUUUGUUCCCAAAAUCAUCCUGAGUAAGUGAAGUUAAACUUCCAUCAGAAUCCCAGAUUCCCCUUCCAGGUCAGUGCAGAAUUGAUUUUUCAAGAGACUGAACAUUUGGGUUUCAACAGAAGACUAACUACUCUAUUCUUUAAAGACAGCCUUUUGGUAACAGUAGUUUCAAGGCUGGAUUGUCUUAUCUGGAAAACAGCAUUAAGAGGUUGUUAGGUUGCUUCAGUUCUUCAAGUAAAUGAAAGAUAUUAUAGAGAAGUAAAUGUGUCUUCUUAAUAGUUAACGAAGGUAAGACAAUGAAUAUUGAUUAAUUUAUUGACUUUAAUCUGAAAAAAUUGUUGAAUUAUUUUUAAAAAUCAUUUUUCUUCUACAAUGCGUAUUUUGCAUCAUGAAGCCUGUUUGAGCAUCAGCUCUGUGUAAGUUAGGUACAAGUUGUUUAUGAAGCUUGAUCUCUCUGUUUAAAGCAAUCUUGAAUCUUUUAAUGAGUUUACACUGUUUUCUAUUGACGCAUCACUUCAUACAAUGCUCAGUGCCUUGUCCCUAUGCCUUUGACACACAAGAAGUGGUUGUGCUGUUCAUCUGAUGUGAUGUAACAUCUCAAAUAUCAGCUUGCUUUAGAGAAAUUGUCAAUUUUACAUCAGCCACAGAGUUUAACACCAAAAGUAGGUCAACCAAGUAAGAAAGGGGGUGAUGGAUUUGACAGCUAAGUGAAAAAAAAAUUAAUUGCAUUAUUUCUUUCAUACUUAGGCCUAUGGCACAUGUACACCAGUUCUUCUUUCUCUUAAAAAAAUACUUUGUGUAUAUUUUUAAUACUAAAAAGUGAGAGAUACAGUUCCGAUAUAGGACUUGCAUCUCUAGCUUCAAAUUACACUUCAGUUCCAAAAGAAUAGUGUUUUUUUAAUUGCAUACAAAAGAAGAAACUUUAUCACAAGAUAUUUUUAAAAGUAGUUUCAUUAUUUGAUACUAAUACAUUUUUGUAGAAUUGCCAACAUUAAGUAUAUGGCACGUAGUAUUAACUAAUGAUCCAUAUUAAGCAUGUAGAAAUGAGGAUUAUGAAUUUUAUAAAACCAUGAGACUGUUACCCCAAUACUGGCAGUAAUGACUUGUCAUCCACUGGGUAGAUUUUAUUUUAAAAAAAACAACAUUUUUUUGUGUAAUUUAAAAUGACCUCAUUAUUGAAGAAUGAUUUCAUAGGAGGAGGAGACCUAUUUCUUGCUUGAGAACACCAGUCAGUGUUACUACGAAGUAAGCCACAGAUGCAUAUCUUUGGUUUGUCAUAUCAAACUCUGUGUUACUACAGUGUUGCCCCUUUGCACAGCUCAUACGUAUUGCUUUCUUCCUAGGUGCUAAUAAAAAUAAGGAAGAGUGUGGACAUUGAUUUCUUGGAUAUAAGUUUUAGUUUGUAUGGCUUAACAGUAUUUAUAGACAUAGAGUGUUAAGAUAAAUAAAGACAAAUUUAACUCACAAUGUUAUCUGUACACUGCAAUCUUAAAAACAAACCAACUCAAGUGUCGGGUUUCUAGAAUGUAUGGAAGAACUAGCAAGAGAGGAAAUAGUUUUAGGACAAGAAAAUAAUUCCUAUGAUUGGUAGAUAUUUCCUUUUAAAAUGUUAUUGACAAAUACUUUGUAUUCAUGUUUCCAUUUUCCACCAAAAAAUUUUUUCCCUGUUUCACAGGUUUUAAAAUGAAAUACAAGUAUCCCUCACUUUCCUAAAAGGUUGCUAACCAAAAUCUAAAGCCAAAUCAAUUCAGGUAGAUUUGGAUUAUCUAAUUAAACUCAUGUUAUUAUGGGAGGGCUUAAUUAAGAGCACCUGAUGACCAAAAAGAAGUUGAUAUUUAUCAGCAUGGCUGAUGUUGUUAUCAUUUGAUCAAACCCAUACUUAUUUUUUUCAGAAAUGGUCCGAGAAACAUUUGAGACUUCAUUUGAAAUAAUUUUAAGAGCAAAAACCAAAAACCAAAAAAACCUCUUUCAAAUGUCGUCCCUAAUCCUUGCCUUCAUCAGUUUUUCUUUGCACACAAGAAGCAGAAUCCUCUUCAAAACAUUUAUUUCAGAGGAAUCCAUCAAGAAGGGAGUAUCUUAAUUAGAUGGAAUGCUGUCCUAUUUUUGCUGCAUCUCAUGACUCCUCUUGGCUUUAACAUUCUUCUCUUAACUAAGCCAUUAAGGAAGUUAUCAUGGAGAAGAUGGAAAGAAGAUGAUAAAGAAGAGGGACAGAAGAUGAGCGGUAUAGAGUUCUGUCCUUAUAAAGCUGUGCUUGCUUGCAAUGGGGAGAGGCAUUUGGGAGGCAGCGUGGUGCAGCUGUGGGUGUAAGAGGAAUGUCUCUCCUAAGCCAUCUUAGUGAGGGUGAGAGAAAAGCCAAAGUUUCAAGUUGAAAGCUGUUAGGUGUCACAAGUAAAACUUUGAUUGCAAAGUGAUUUUGUACUGUCAGGUGCUACGUGUACCACGAAUCUCUGUUGAUUGACUCCAGUUGAGGGUGAGGAGUUUGUACUGCUCAUGCAAAAGGGGAAUCUACUGUUUUGAAAGAACCUUUCUAUAAUAGUUGUUUUUAAUUGGCAGUAGUUAUUAUGUUAGCAAAGAAUGUUAAUAGGGAAAAGAGCAUUUCCAGAAGUACUAUUGGCUAGGCUUUGAAGUCCGCUACCAUGAUUCACUGUAACUAUUAUGUUGUUCUUUCUCUAGAAAAUUUUUACUCUUCUGCUUUAUGUGUGAUAAUUCAAGUAUGUCAAGUAUUCCAGCAUUAUGUAAAAAUUCAUGACAAUAUUAAAAAGAAGAGCAUGGUUGAAUGUAUAUGAGAUACCUUCGUCCAUUCCCCCCCCAAAACAUUUGUCUAGGAAUGUCUUCCUAUGAGUGAUUUUGUGCCAUGGUGUUAACCAAGAAAAUGAGUGGUCCUUUUUGUUUGCCCUCUUCCAUUUUUCCCUUCCCCUGAGGAGAUGUAUAUGGGGUUAUGCAGGGAAAGUUGCUCUCUAGUGACACGUACAUAAAUCUCAAGAGACUCAACUCGUGCAGUGAAUAAAGUAAUACUUUGACAUGAAUUCAAUUUAUCCUUAUGGUAAAAUGUUAAUAUAAUUCUUAUUAUAUUAUAUAUAUUAUAUAUUAUAAUGAUAUAAUUCUUUUUGUUUAGAAACAUUCAAUGUAUUACAUGUAACAUGCUUAAUUCACUAGAUUAUGUGUUUGUGAGAUUUAGAGAUGCAAAUUCCUCAAAGUAAGAGGCUGUGUGGUCCAGAAGUUUGGAAAGCAAUGAAACUAUUUUCAUUGUUUUGCCUCUUUAUUUUUUUCUACUUUGGGUGGUUGAUAAAGGUGAAUAGAAAGCCCUAGAGGGAAAAAUAGUAUGUUGAGAUUUUCAGAAUUUAAUCAGGACAGCAAAACUAUGAAUAUUGUAGAAUAUAGAAUUUGUUAUAGAAAAAUAAGCCUUUUGAAACUGUGGAAGAAAAUGGAAAUCAAUGGUGGGAAAGGGAGAUUUGGAGGGUCAGAGAAAGGCGCUGUUCACCUCUCGUGGAACACUGCCGUCGAUGGACGAAUUGGAGCACCUGUGGAUAUUCAAGUGCUGAAGUGAGACUGGGAAGGACUUCUUUGCAAGGUUGUUGCUUCUGUAUACCUACUUACUUCUGUGAGUUUGCAGCCCAGCUUCUCUGCUGGUCAGCAAGAUCUGGACGUGAAGAGUGAGACAAGAUUCCCGUCUGUGUGUCCUUCUAUCUGGCUGCAAAGAUCUCCAGAGAGAAGUAACAGCCGCUUUACUUCUGUCUGCCUCUUUUGCAAAUCUCACCUGACACCAUAUAAGGAAAAGACUUCGGGAAAUUACAGCUCCAGCUUAACCAAAACUACUGUAUAAACAAAAUUUUACCAGAUUAAUGAAGCUAUUGAUCAUUUGAAUGAUGUGAUUAAAAAAUGGAGCCAA